CCUCUGGGAGGAGAAGCGGCUGCGGAGCCUCCUCCCCGGUUCCCGGGGCGCCGGAGCCGGCAGCCUCCCGGCGGGAGCGACGCCGCAGCGGCGUGUGACGCCGUAUCGCUGCCCGGGCCGGGCCUGGCCGCCCCGAGCCCGAGCGCGGGGGGAGCGGGAGGCCGGUCCGGGUGUUUUCCCAGCAAGCUGCAAUCACUAUUGCAGAAAAACUUCCCCUCCCGGCGCUGCCGGAGCUGUGAAACUCGGCAGGGGCACGUGAGCGAGGCGGUUCCCUGAGUCAGGCCCUUGUGCAACGCGUCGCGCGCACGGCGCCAGCCAGGCUGCAGCUCCCGGAGCCAUGGACGGACGGACGGACGGGCUGAGCUCCUCGUGAGAGAGCUGAACGCGGGCUCGCGCUCCCCGGCGAACGAGAAGCCGUGCAAGAUCCGCCCAGGCCGAUGCCGCGGGACCGGCGUGCUGCGCUGGCGCCCGGGGCUCGCCUCCCAUCUCCGCCAGCGAUGAAGCCGUACGUGGCCUACGAGCAGCUGGAACCGCUGGAGAAGCUGGAGGAGCCGCCGGCGUUGGCACGGAAGUAUUCCCGCUGCGUGUUGCUGGUUGGCAUCCUCGUCACCAUCCUCUCCUGCCUGCUCUUCAUCCACCUCUUCAGUGUGUGGUUGGGCUCGGCUCCUCCGGGAGGCAGAGGCAGUGUCCGCACCGUAGGCAGCUCCUGCAGAGACCCGUGCUGGAUCGUGCUCGUCGAGAGCAUCCCCGAGGGGAUGACAUACAGCGGUGACGGGCCCGUGAACCCAUCCACGUUUGACACGUGGAUGAGCCUCAUCGGGAGCGCCAAGCAGAGCCUGGAUAUCGCAGCCUUCUACUGGACCAUGACCAACGAGGACACGCACACGCAGGAGCCCUCCGCCGCCCAGGGUGAGCAAAUCCUGGAAGAACUGCUGGAGUUACCCAAGAGUGGCGUUUCUGUACGAGUUGCAGUCAACACCCCUUCCUCCAAGUCGCCCCUGCACGAUCUGCAGGCGCUGGAGCAGAGCGGGGCUGCGGUGCGGGCGGUCGACAUGCACCGGCUCACCAGCGGCGUGCUGCACACCAAGCUCUGGAUCGUCGACAGCACCCACCUCUACAUCGGCAGCGCCAACAUGGACUGGCGGUCCCUGACCCAGGUGAAGGAGCUGGGUGUGGCCGUCUACAACUGCAGCUGCCUGGCCCAGGACCUGAGCAAGGUGUUCGAAGCCUACUGGGCGCUGGGUAUUCCCAACGCCUCCAUCCCGGUGCCGUGGCCGGACAACUACUCCACCACCUUCAACAUGGAGACGCCGCUGGAACUGAGGCUCAACGAGACAGGAGCCAGCGUCUACUUCUCGAGCGCCCCGCCGGCCCUCUGCGCCCCGGGGCGGACCGAGGACCUCCAUGCCCUCCUCAGCGUCAUCGACGCCGCCAAGGAGUUCGUGCACAUCGCGGUGAUGAGCUACCAGCCCACCAUGGAGUUCUCGCACCCCCAGAGGUUUUGGCCGGUGAUCGAUAACCACCUCCGCAAAGCGGUCUACGAGCGCAAAGUGCAGGUCCGGCUGCUGGUGGGCUGCUGGCGGCACAGCAAGGCGGCGAUGUUCCCCUUCCUGAAGUCCCUGGCCGCCCUCGCCGACAACAAGACGCACUACAGCAUGGAGGUGAGACUCUUCGUGGUGCCGGCAAGCGCAGCCCAGGCCAAGAUCCCCUACGCCCGGGUGAACCACAACAAGUACAUGGUCACGGAGAAGGUGGCCUACAUCGGGACAUCCAACUGGUCGGGGGACUACUUUGUCCGGACGGCGGGAUCGGCCCUCGUUGUGAACGAGAGCGAGGACCGCGCCAGCGGGACGGACACCGUGCGGGGGCAGCUGCAGGCGGUGUUCGAGCGGGACUGGAGCUCCCAGUACAGCACAGACAUCGACAACGUGGAGCAGUGGCAGCGCAUGUGCAGCUUCCACUAGGCGCCGGUGCCCCGGCGUGGCCACGGAGAACCGGUAUCGGGCCCGGCCCCCCACGGCUCAGACACCCCCAUCUUGUCCUCGAUCUCCACCAGCGCCGCAGAGGCACUGCGUCCCGGUGGCAUCGAGGACAUGGGGCUCUCUGCAUCCCUUCCCACUGCCGAGAGGGCGUGAGCUGCUUUUCCUCCCUCAGAUGCAUCGUUCCCUCUGUCCUGGGACGGACUUUACCUAUCCGCCCGUGCCACAAGGGGUUUCUGCAGCUGGAUGCCACCCGCCAGCACAGGUCCAUGCGUUAUGUUCGUUCAGCGAGCGCUAGGUCUGCAGGAUCUAGGAGCAGCGCGUGGAUGCACAGACUCGCAAGGACCCGCCGGGGCGACGGUUAAAGCUUCGCAGUGGGGUACCGGGGCGGAGGUGCCGGUCACGGCCCCGCGGGGUCCGGCUGCCCUGUUCUGUGCAGGAAAGCACCACAUGUCGCUCUUCAAAUCCUUUGUGGGUGCAGAACCGUUUUUCUGGACGUUUGCAUAUGUAGCUGUUAGUUCACAAGAUCACAUUAAACGGCGGGUGUUGGAAGCUG